AUGUUGACUCCUUUCUAUUAUCUUCCUCACUCUUUAUAUUGCACAAUUUGGAAGUGUUCUAGCCGCAUCAAUGGCAGUGAAAAGCAUCGAGGAUCCAUAAAAAGCGAGCCAUUAGCCUUGAAUGAUGAUGGUAAUGCAGACCCACAAGGCUUGAGAGCCCGACCCGAAACAAAUUGCUCACCAAAAUGGGACGCCCUCUUCAGCGAGCACGGGGAAUUUGGGGAUGACCCGAGUAGUGAAAUAAGGUCAAGCAAGAAGGAGCAGGAACUUCAUCCACCUCCCGACACCGGCGGGCUGGUCGGGCUGCUUCUAGUCUCAGACCGACUGCUCAUUCGACGCUAUCGGGAAUGGCAACUCCGCGGUGAGCGACUUCCCCGGCGGAAUUCGGUGCGGCCGUCGUCUGGCAGCUCCGGCGACUAUGCUGGCUGCGUGGCGAGGUGCCGAGACUCGAGAGAAUUGAGGGAGAGAGAAAAUUAG